AUGGUGGUAUAUACAGCGCGAGUUGACGAGGAUUUGACACAGACCCCCGACCCCGACGCCUCCAGCUCCCAAAAUCUAGCUGCUACACCUGUCCAGCUCAGACUUCAGAGCAGCAGCUCUCGUCGUCCGGUCGCCGACGGCGACGACGACAUGGGCAACGGAUCAGUUGGGUUCGCCUGGCUUCUCGUCGCCGCGCUGCUCCUGGGCUCUUGCACGACGCCGGCAUGCUCCUCGCGUCUCCUUCCAGAUGGUGGUGCGAAGGUAUGGGUCGCCGGCGGGCCAGGCUACGGCAGCAGCGGCAAGGCAGCUCUGGUGGUCCGGCGGUCAUUGGGGCUGAGGCUGACGGCCCCGCCGUCGCCGACGUCGAACACGCCUAGGGCCAGUGCGGCGCCGGCGCCCCCGGGAGGGCAAGUGUAAUUGUGUGAUCCUUUGUUCGGUUGAACACAAGGUGUAAAUGUGUGAUAGAGUCGGUGUAUAUAACGAUAAGUAACUCCAGUUUUGUCUCUGCACAUCGCCGGUCUGUUGCUCGGGGUCUCUGUAAAACUGU